AUGCGGCGAGCGGGCAGGCGGCAGGCGGGCAGCCGGGGGCGGCGUUCGGGCGGCGGGCACGCGGCGUGCGGGCAGGCCGCAGGCUGCCAUCCGGGCGGACAGGCGGCAGGCGGGCAGGCGGCGGACGGGCUGGCUGCGGGCGGCCUUCCGGGCGGGCAGGCGGCGGUCGGGCGGUCGGGCAUGCGAUUUGGUCCGCGGCGGGUUCCAGCCGCGCCUUCCGACUUCGCUGCCGCCCCCAGGGCAGCAUCAGCAGCCGUCGCCGCUACCACGCCGCCAGCCCGUCCCGUUGAUGCCUCCCGCGCAGCUUCAUGCGGGAGCUCCCCGGGUGGUCGCUCCGGCGCCUGCGGUCCCUCUUCAGUCGCCACCGCCUUCGGAGCUGAUGGACGUCGACCCCUCAGCCGGGCCGCCUUCCCAAGCGGUGGCUGUGCAGCCUGUACUGCAGCCGCUUUCCUUGGGCACCCCCAAGGAGUCUGA